GGUGGAGGGCAAGCCAGGGUCUCCACCACCAAGAGGGAUCCAUCCCCAGAGUCAAUGUCCUAAGAAUGAGUCCUAUCCUGUGGGUUUCCUCCUGACCAUGGAGCUGAGCAGGAAUCUCUCUUGAUUGGCAGGUCCCCCGGUGAAUGUGAGCUGCAACAUUUUCAUCAACAGCUUCGGCUCCAUUGCUGAGACAACUAUGGACUAUAGGGUCAACAUCUUCCUGCGGCAGCAGUGGAAUGACCCCCGGCUGGCCUACAAUGAGUACCCGGAUGACUCUCUGGACCUGGACCCAUCCAUGUUGGAUUCCAUCUGGAAACCUGACCUGUUCUUUGCCAAUGAGAAGGGGGCCCACUUCCACGAGAUCACCACAGACAACAAAUUGCUGAGGAUCUCCCGGAACGGAAAUGUCCUCUACAGCAUUAGAAUCACCCUGACACUGGCCUGCCCCAUGGACUUAAAGAAUUUCCCCAUGGACGUCCAGACAUGUAUCAUGCAACUGGAAAGCUUUGGCUAUACCAUGAAUGACCUGAUCUUCGAGUGGCAGGAACAGGGAGCCGUGCAGGUGGCAGAUGGACUAACUCUACCCCAGUUUAUCCUGAAAGAGGAGAAGGACUUGAGAUACUGCACGAAGCAUUACAACACAGGGAAAUUCACCUGCAUUGAGGCCCGGUUCCACCUGGAGCGACAGAUGGGCUACUACUUGAUUCAGAUGUACAUUCCCAGCCUGCUCAUUGUCAUCCUUUCAUGGAUUUCCUUCUGGAUCAACAUGGAUGCCGCGCCAGCCCGUGUGGGCCUGGGCAUCACCACUGUGCUCACCAUGACCACCCAGAGCUCUGGCUCCCGAGCAUCCCUGCCCAAGGUGUCCUACGUGAAAGCCAUUGACAUUUGGAUGGCAGUGUGCCUGCUCUUCGUGUUCUCAGCCCUGCUUGAGUAUGCUGCUGUCAACUUUGUGUCUCGGCAGCACAAAGAGCUGCUCCGAUUCAGGAGGAAGCGAAGACAUCACAAGGAGGAUGAGGCCGGGGAGGGCCGCUUCAACUUCUCCGCCUAUGGGAUGGGUCCCGCCUGUCUGCAGGCCAAGGAUGGCAUCUCGGUCAAAGGCGCCAAUAACAACAACACCACCAACCCCCCUCCUGCACCAUCUAAGUCUCCAGAGGAGAUGCGAAAACUCUUCAUCCAGAGGGCCAAGAAGAUUGACAAAAUAUCCCGCAUUGGCUUCCCCAUGGCCUUCCUCAUCUUCAACAUGUUCUACUGGAUCAUCUACAAGAUUGUCCGCAGGGAGGAUGUCCACAACCAGUGA